GCAUUCUUAAAAGAGCCUCGACACUUCCUUGUUGGUGUUUCCUGGUUGUUAGUCAGGUUUGUCUUUCUCUGCGGGAUUAAAAGUGGAAAACAUCUUUUUUAUUUUCUGCUGACAUCAUGAACUUGUUUUUAUUCUGUCUUCUGGUCGUGCAAAUGCACAGCGGGGCGCCUGUGAUUCACACGCUGAAGUAUUUCUACAUUGCGUCCUCUCAAGUUCCAAACUUCCCAGAGUUUGUGAUGGUUGGUUAUGUUGAUGAAGUCCAGGUGUUUCACUAUGACAGCAAGAGCAGGAAAGCAGAAGCCAAACAGGACUGGAUGAACCAAAUCACAGAAGAGGAUCCAAACUACUGGCAGAGACACACAGAGCGCAGUGUUGUUCAGGAGCAAAUCAGCAAAGUAAACAUUGAAAUUCUUAAGAAGCGUUUCAACCAAACUGGAGGUGUUCACAUUGUCCAGUGGAUGUCAGGAUGUGAAUGGAAUGAUGAGACUGAUGAAGUUAAAGGUUGGCGUCAGGAUGGUUAUGAUGGAGAAGAUUUCCUAUCGUUGGACAUGAAGACAUGGACAUUUACUGCAGCAAAACAACAAGCUUUCCCCACCAAACUCAAGUGGGACCAGGACAUACAUCUAAUAGACUACAAUAAGUAUUACUUCACUGAGCAUUGUCCUUCUUACUUGAAGAAGUAUGUGAAGUAUGGGAAGGAGGUCCUAAUGAGAACAGAGCUUCCAGAGGUGUUCCUCCUCCAGAAGACGCCGACCUCUCCGGUCACCUGCAUGGCGACAGGUUUCUACCCCGACUUAGCCGACCUGUUUUGGAGGAAAGACGGCGAGCAGAUCUUCGAGGACGUGGAGCACGGAGAGCUGCUCCCCAACCACGACGGAACCUUCCAGAUGUCGGUGGAGCUGAAAGUGGAGGUGACGGCCGACGUGGAGGGCAAGUACGAAUGUGUGUUCCAGCUGUCUGGCGUCAAGGAGGACUUGGUCACCAAGCUGGAGAGAAGAAGCAUCCUGAGCAACGCAAGCCAUGAAGACCACUGGAGCGUCGCCCUCGGCACCACGGCGGCGGUCGUGGCUGUGGCGGCCCUCCUGGCGGCCAUCAUCCUCGUCAGGCGACACAGACAAGAUCCACAGAGACAGAGCACCCACUCUCAAAUAGAAACACAGCUUGACGUGAGGAAAAAGUCCAUUUCACCUUUUGUUUCUCUGUCAUUUCAGCCCAAUACAAUCCAGCUUCUCGCCACGGCGGGGCCGAGCUCCCCGAGAACAUGCCGGCUGAAGGCUGAGUGGGACGCGGAUGCUUUGUGCACAGAGAGAUGUCUCCAUGGCUGAGGCACGUCAUCACACUUGGAGAUGAGAUGGAGAUGUGCUUUCUUCUUCAUCCGACUGCUUCUCGAUUCUUAUUUGGCUGUUGGUGGCUUGAUUAGAAAAAUAAGUUGGUUGCUAUGAAAUCAUUCGGGGCUCACGUUUCAUCACCUUGACAUCAUGACGAGGAUUUCCUCUUUCUUUGAAUCACCGCUGCUUGUAAUCAACAUCACAUUGUGUCACGUCUCUGUCAAUAAAUUCCGUUUGUUGUCCGCCACGGGCAAGACCAAAGAGCUGACGAAGAUUGUAGACCCACACAAGACCGGAAUGGACUACAAGACCAUCAGCUUGACCAACUGCGGGCGUAAUGCCUGGUUUAUUUCGUAACAUGUGCUUUUAUUUUGACACUGAUCAAACCGGAUCACGUGCACAUAAGAAAAACAUAUUAUCUUGGCUUCAGCGUUCACUAAUGA